AUGGAUUACACCGGCGGCACCGUGGAGGCCGAUCAUCUCUGCGUCCUGGUCCACGGGCUUUGGGGUAACCCCAACCACAUGGCCCAGAUCGCCAAAAGCCUGCGCGCAAAACACUCCGCCGACAAGCUCUACCUGCUCCUCGCGAAGCGCAACAGCGGCUCCUUCACCUACGACGGCAUCGAGCGCGGCGGCGAGCGCGUCUGCGCCGAGAUCGAGGAGGAGCUGCGCGCCAUCCAGGAAAGGGGCGGCAAGAUCACCAAGCUGAGCAUCGUGGGCUACUCGCUCGGCGGCCUGGUCUCGCGCUACGCCGUCGGGCUGCUUCACUCAAAGGGCAUCCUCGACACCGUCGAGUGCAUGAACUUCGUCACCUUCGCCACACCGCAUCUCGGCGUCCGCACCCCCCUGCGCGGCUGGCACAACCACCUCUGGAACGUCCUCGGCGCCCGCACCCUCUCCAUGUCGGGCCGCCAGCUUUUCACCAUCGACAACUUCCGCGACACGGGCCGGCCCCUGCUCGCCGUCCUCGCGGACCCGGAAUCCAUCUUCCUCGCCGGCCUCAAGCGCUUCAAGCGCCGCACCCUCUACACCAACAUCGUCAACGACAGGAGCGCCGUCCACUAUACCACCGGCAUCACCAAGACGGACCCCUACACCAACCUCGACGGCAUCAAGGUCAACUACGUCCCGGGCUACGAGGACGUCAUCCUCGACCCGAAGCACCCCAUCGCCCCGCGCCCCAAGCUCUCCGGCGGCUCCCGGCCGACGCUGUCCUCCGUCGCCUCGUGGGCCCAGCGCAUCCCCUUCGUCCUCGCCAUCUCCGUCUUCGUGCCCAUCGGCAUCGUCGCUUUCCUCUUCAACUCGGCGAUCCAGACGGUGCGCUCCUCGAAGCGCAUCCAGCUGCACGAGAAGGGGCUCGCGGGCGUCGCCAUCGAGGAGUACCGCGGCCCGCUGUGGAUGAAGGAGAUCCGCGAGGAGGUCGAGCACGUGUACGAGACGCUCAACAGCUCGCAGGACCAGGAGUACCUCGGCAGCGAGACGGACGAGGACGACGAGGACGACGCGGGCGCGCGCGAGAUGGACCGCAGCACGACGCAGCUGCUCGCGCGCGAGAGGCGCAUGUCGGUGCCCUCGCAGCCGACGCUCGCGCUCGCGCCCUACCAGUUCCAGAUGGUCCAGAACCUGGACGCCGUCGGGUGGAAUAAGUACCCCGUGUGGAUCCACAAUGACAGGCACAGUCACGCGGCCAUCAUCGUGAGGUGGGAGAAGAAGACGUUUGACGAGGGGCGGGUGGUGUUGAAGCACUGGCUGAAUGAGGAGUUUACGAUCUGA